CUUCACUCCUCAUCAUCUCUUUCAACAAGAUGCAGUGCGCAUACAUUGUCGCGCUUUAGAUUGCUCCUCCCGCGAAGGGCCGGGACUCUGGGCAGCUCUUUCCUCCUACGUCUGCGUGUUGAUAACGACAACAAAUCACGUCUUCGACUCACAAUCGAGCGUGCCUAAACCUCUCACACCCGUCUUUUGUCCCGUAUUCUCAUCAAUUGCUCAAUAUCACCGGCCGUUGCCAUCUCGCUAUAACGUGACACCCGCACGUUGGACCUUUAAUUCUGGACCUUGAUUGGGAAGGGCGACCCUAUAUCGAGCAGUCUAUCUAGUUGAAGGGACGCGUCUUGCCAAAUAGUAGGUGUUCACGUUGCGUGCCUUCAACUGCACCUGAGCGUCACUCACUCCAACGAUAAGCAUGGCUACUGCUAUCGCAACCAGGGCAUUGCCAAUACCAUCUCGGUCUCCUACACCUCCACCACACCUGUCGCUCAACACAUCGUCGCGUGGAGCGCCAGCUGCCAUUCCCAACAAGCACAUCCCAACAUGCUCGCCAGGUGGGCUUCCAGAGACGCCGCCAGCUUCACCUCCGCGACAGGACAGCCUGGUUGAGACCUCGUCAAUCACAUAUCCACCCAAUGCAAACUGUACAGAAUACUCGGAUAAUCCGCCAGUGUAUACCAUCACUGCAGAUUGCAUGGCCGAAGCUCUGGAGCACAUGGCAACACAACCUCUACCAAACCCUGAGCAAGUGUUCCCAUGGAUGCAUGGCCUUCAUCCCGAGAACCAAAUUCAGCUCACCUUCUUCUCGUCUCGUCGUAAGAGCGUUCGCAAGGUGCCCAGGUGCAUUCGUGGUCUCACGAUUGUCAAGACUGGUGGCAAUCUGAAUAGCUCUAAGUUGAAGGGGGCGAUCGCUCCAGACGAAAUAUUAGAGUCGGCUUCCUCGGACGCUCCUGCGUUCAUCGAGUGUGACCCUAAGGAUGGCUUCUCCGUGCGCAACUUCCAGAUUCAAGCAUGUAAAAUGGCUAUGUUGUCAGAUAUCAUUGUGUAUGGCGACCAGAAGACACAGCCAAACGAGACGGUUGCCCUGGCACAGCGAAUUUCCAAGGCUCAGAGACAGUAUGAAGAAGAGAAUGGCUUUCCGCGCUGCUUGUUCAAUACUUUUAUGCUCUCGGUCUUCUGGGAACGCUAUGAGAUGUGUGAAAUGUCGAAAGCAUCUGAGAUUAGCAACAACGUCUUCCUUGGACCCACACCCGACACUGCGCUGAACCCCAACUGCGUAGGCGAAGAUGCAUACGAUAUGCUGAUCGAUGCGACUGACCUCGCCCAUGUACCGGAGUCGCGAUCGCUACGAGCGCUCAAGAUGGGUCUCGAGAGGAAGAGUCGAAAACACGCCUUGCAUAUGGAGUUCCCCUCCUCAGGAAGUAUUAUGCCUCCAAGCUGGUCGCACUCGGAAAUCGAUGGCUUGAUGGAGAUGUGCAAAUGGAUGUACGAGUUGGCGAACCCUCAUGAAAUCAAACGAACGAAGCGCCGAAGAUCUGAUGAAGACGAAGCUAUUGGGCUGGAUGACAUUGUGAUGCCACGCAAAUUCUUGAUCCAUUGCACAGAUGGCUACACAGAAACGACGCUCCUCGCCUUGGCAUACUUCAUGUAUGCCGAAGGUCUACCGGUGCAUGAUGCUUGGAUCCGGAUGCAUCGGGAAAAGGGCAGGAAUUUCUUUGCCUAUCCUUCUGACGUUGCGCUUUUGACUGCUAUUCAACCUCGCAUACUGCAGGAAUCUCCUCGAUUCAGCCAGAGUGUCUUCAAUUUGUCCGAACCGAAGUGGCUUUCAAAGAUUGAUGGGAGCUUGCCCAGCAGAGUACUGCCGUACAUGUACCUAGGAAACCUUGGACAUGCCAAUAACCCGGAGCUCCUUCGCGAGCUCGGUAUCACGCGGAUCCUCAGUGUUGGAGAACCUCUCUCUUGGUCAGACGAUCUGAAAAACACACUCGAUUGGCCUGCUGAGAACUUGAUGAUGGUCGAUCGCGUCCAAGACAACGGCGUCGAUCCACUCUGGGCAGAAUUCGAGCGAUGCUUGAAGUUCAUUGCUAACAUGAUUGUAGAAGCUGGCAAAGAAGACGGCGGAGCAACUCUUGUCCAUUGCCGAGUUGGUGUUUCACGAUCUGCGACCAUAUGCAUCGCUGAAGUCAUGAAUGAGCUGGGCUUGUCUUUUCCACGCGCAUACUGCUUUGUCCGAGCCAGGCGCUUGAACGUUAUAAUCCAACCACAUCUUCGCUUCACGUACGAGCUUCUCAAGUGGGAAGAGUUCCAGCGUCAGCGACGCAACGAACCUCUUCGCCGCGAACUUGAGUGGGCCACUGUUGCACGCGAAAUCGCGCUGAUGAAUAAGCCCUACUCGAAGUGA